AUGACCUUGCCGGUAUGGAUAAUCCCUGCUGGUUGUCAAAGCCAGAUCACUCUGGUUCAAUGUCGGGGCGCAAAAUCACAUGUUUACGACAUGUAUACUGGUCAAGGUGUUGUAUCCAGUGUUUGUAUACUGCGAUCUAUUGAAACUAUCCUUUGA